AUGCAAUUGAGUAUGAGAAGAGUAACAUCUUCGCCAUUGGAACGCCAUGCAAUCGAUCAUAAACCAAAGAACGAAGAAACUGAGAAUAUCAAACAGAAUCUUGUUCCAUGGAUAUUACGACGCAAUCCACCUCUAUGCGAUUACCGGUUACAAUUUCGGCCACUCCCACUAACAACAGCUCUUUGUGGAUACGGACACUACGGUAAGAGUGAACAAGUAAACCAUGUACAUCCAUUCAAAUACGGUUAA